GAUUAGCGCGUCGUAAAAUAAUUUCAUACGAGCGUGUACUAACUCGUCACAUCGGAUCGAUCAUUUUAAUACACCUCCGUUCUCACUUGUUCCGAGAAACUGAUACACGAUGAAAACGAUUUGACUGUAAUGUAUGUGUCCAUGUAUGUGCCAGCCCGGAGGGCAUCGAUUAUCAUUCGUUAGUGGCAGAAAGAAGAAGGUUACAGUUCGCGAGUGUGUCCAGUGCGAUUCUCACAGUAUUCUUCUCUUUCUUAUCAAGAAGAAGACGCGACAAGUGCAUGUGAGGAACGGAAGAAGCGCGAGUGAAAUGACAUGGUCCAGAGACGUUAAUUUCAGAAUUUUUCUUUUUCUCAUUAACAUGAUACGCGACAAGUGCUAGAAACAGAGAUAUAGCGCGAGUGAAAUGACGUGGUCCAGAAACGUUAAUUUCAGAAAUCCAGCGCCGGAGAUGUCGCGAUACGAGCCUCGCGUGCUCGAUCUCUCGCCGCACGCGUACACACGCGCACGCACGCACGCGUGAGCAAUUCAAUUAAGGAAGCGCAGACGUGCUCGCGUGCGCUCGAGCCUGAUCGCGCAGCGAGAUAAUUUACGUUGUACUCCUCCCUGUGGGAUGAAUGAACGUGACCCACGCAUUUUUUCCUCCCGCUCAGGUCACGACGCAGAGAGAAGAAGAAGAAGGAAGAAGAGGGGCAGAGAGAGAGAAGGCGAGCGAAAGACUAAAGAGACGAGUGUGGGGCGUGUUUAAGAAUUGUACGGACUUUAAAGCGUCCGAUAAGACCCGUCCGUCGUGAUAUCGAGCACCGAAGGGAUCCCGAAAAUUCGCGCCCGCGAUCUCUUCUUAUCUCUCACGACGAGGAAUCAAAUCCCUGACUGCCAGACGUCGUUCGCUUUAUAGCGCAUGUUGCACACGCGAACGAUGUGAUCACUCAUCGAGAUAAUUAAGAACAAGGAAAACAACGACGUGUUGCGCACUGAUCGUCCGCAACGAUCGCCAGCGCAUCGUGAUAAUCCUCCAGUGUCUUUUCUACCGUAACGUAAAAAUAAAAGUGUGGUAUACAACACACAGAUUUCCGGUCUUACUCGCGGCUUUAAUUACGCGCGAGGAUUGAGCGUAUCGGCGCGUAUCGGUCCCCGAUUUCCCGCGCGGAAGCGUCUCGCGAUUUUUCACGAGAUAGUAAAAUCGCUACAGUCCAGAGAGAGGGGAGAAGAAGGAACGAGGAGGUGAGAAGAGAUGAGCCGAGGGCAUUUGCUCAGCGUGACACACGCCAGCGGUCUCUCCCCCUCGCGAUACGGAUAGAUGCGACGUGGGAGGAUCGUUAUCGAAUGGGUAAUAAGGUCGAGAGCAAUUGAACUCUUAGUGCGGCGUCGGUGGAUUUUGUCGUUGAUCCAGAAGAACAGACGACGUCGCCUUCCGUCGAGUAUGGAGAAGAAAAGUGGAGGAGAGGCACGGCCGAAGAUCGAGAUCGUACGGGUCUCGUCCAUCGAACGUAGCCACUUCCGACCGCUGGACGGGGUGCAGCUACGAGCGACUUACAGUCAUGUGCGAGUGGGUACUUACUGCCCGGAACCGGAAACGACUGGCGGACCGACCGAGAACAAGCCGCUCGUGCCGAUCGAACAGACGCGACGCUUCAAGAAAAAUUUGGGACCAGUAUCAAGACUGCUGAGACGUCGUCAUAACGCGACAUGCCUUGCCACCAAAUCCUGUGAUAACAUUUAUAACGUGAAUAGGAAUAGUAAUUCUCUGGACUGGAGAGUCAACCAGAACGCCAACGAACAAGAUCUACAAGCUAGACAAAGCAGCAGCCUAGACUGGAGAGUAGGAAGAUCCGUCACUUUCAGCUCCAACCAACUCCACUGGGGAAAUACGACGCGAAGCGCCGAACAGCUUUCCAGAAGCACGCCUCUCACUUCCGAUCAUCUUCAGACACCGAGCACGAGAUCGAAACUUGUGUCACUAUUGAGACGACUCUCCCCGCGUCUGUCUCGACCUGGAAGCAAAGGUUCACUGCAGUCGUCGCCGACAAUUUGCCCCUGGGUCCAAGUCGAAUACUCGACGGAAUCGAUUGAGGGGGGCAAGCGAGAGGAGUCGCAGGAGAACGAUGCCAGUUUCCAGCAGGAAUUGCAGUUGAACGAGCUGCGGAAACGGAUGGCCGGGAUUGCCUCCACGUCCCAGAUCACGACAAAAACCACUACUAAGGAUGGCACAGGACAACAGAAUUUGCCGCGACCCAGGAUUCAAGUGCAGGAACCCGAAACCGAAUGUAACCACCGGAACGUCCACACAGCUGUGCACGAGGAUCGCGUGGACGAGGAACGGCAGCCUCGGCGCGGUGGUGGCGAGGUGGCGGGUUUGGAGGACGUCGACGACUCCUGUACCGCGACGGUGACGUCGUCGGUACCCGGAGCCGGUGGUAUUCGUUCACAUCGACGCACUAGACCGCUCUCCCUGGCAGUGCAACCUCUCAACUAUCACCGCCUCGAUCCGGACCCUCGACCGCCAGCGCAGAUCGCCACCAGGCAUCACCCCAACAUGACCAGUCAGGAGAGCAUCGGCAGCUGCAGCCUGGACGUCGACCGCUCUGCGUCCGACCGAUCAGAAAACACCGUGGACUCCGUGUCCGAGAAGACUCUGCACAGUCUGAACCUAUCGUGCAACGGUGAACCGGUAUCGCCCGAGAAAUUGGCAAACGGCAGCAGUGAGACAUUGCAGAAAUCACAUCUUACUCCCGAUGAGAAGAAGCUGAAUGCCAGCAAUGUUCAUCAUGGCAGCCCCGAGCCAGAGCUGACGACAGCGAAGAAGCCUAGUUACUUGGGAUUGGCGUGCAGUAUAAGCGGCUACUCAGGAAUCACCAGGUACGAUAGUAAAUUGAGGGAAGGAUUUCGUUCGAGAGACAGCAGUCCUGGCACGAGGCUGAUCACGAGGGACACAAGUCCUGCAGGUUUCAGAUCCAACGAGAAUCUGAACGUUCCGACGCCCCAAUAUCCGCCUAAGAGUAAGUCGAUAUCGCCGUUAGCGAUGGAUAGACAAAACGGAUUUACGAACGGUGUGAAGGAGGAGUGCAAGGUUGAGACGUACAUGGAGAGCAGAAAUUCGAUCAGCUUGACAUAUCAGGGUUACUCGGAAGUCGACAAAGCAGUGUCGUUGCACCCUCCAACGCUUUCCGAACUCAGUCCUAUCAGGACAAGCACUGCCGUUAGUAAACGGAGUCCCGGAUUGUCGCCAAUGAUGUCAUGCGGACAACAAAACAAGUCUAUGGGGACUACAGGUUUCUCCUCUCCGAAGCAAGGCAUCACUAAUCUUUCAGGUGCAUCGUUUAGCGAUACUAGUAUUCUAAACGGCUCGUCAAUAGAAGUUGAGAAUCAAGUGUUAAACACUUCGUCAAGCAGCGAGAAAUCCUUUAUUCAACAGCGAGUAGAGCGGCUGUACGGUCCAGGUGCUCUAGCGCAAGGUUUCUUCUUCAAACGCAGCAUCACUAAGCUAAACAUCAGCGACAGUAGUUUCAAUAAAUCCAGUAAUAACAAUGACAUUUCGGCAGAUAACGCGAACACAGAAGAAUCGUUAAAAAAUUUGCCUGUUCUGCGACAUUUGCGCCCGGAAUUUCGAGCACAGCUCCCUGUAGUCAGUAGUAGAAAACCCACAGACGGCACGGAACAAGUUAUAAAGCCGUUACAAAGGAUAAUGCCAGUGACACGGAAAACCGAACAGAUGAGUCUCCCAACUAUAAAUUCACCGACCAACGUAAUAAGAAGGAUUCCGAUUACCAUAGAAGGUGACAUACCGCAACGUGAUACGACUAGUAAAAGCAUACCUGAUCAGCAACCAGCCGCGCCGAAAGUAGUGUUACCUGUAUUAGAACCCAGCGCCAGUUCGACAAACAUAGCGAAACAAGCACAAGAAGCGGAAAAAGUAGUCGAAGAGAAAGAUGGUCAUUAUUUUAUGAAGUUAUUGAAACAAGAGACAGAUAGACUGUUAUCGUUGGCCGCAUCUGCAGAGGCCGAAUUAGCCAGCGGCGAUACUGUUGCACUGCCAGAAGAAGCGGCUGGUAAGCUGCGAUCUGCUGCAGGAAAAGCUAGAUUGUUAGCCUCGCAGAAAAUGCAGCAGUUUGAAGGAUUAUGUCAAAAGAAUAUCAAUCAGGUACCAGGUGAAGAAUUUCCAACGACAAACGAAGACUUGGCUGGCUUCUGGGACAUGGUGAUGCUACAGGUUGUUCAAGUAAACGAACUCUUUGACCAGAUAGAGAAACUGAGGAAAUCGCAAUGGCAAGAGGUCGUGCCAGACAAGAAAGCCGCGUCGGCCUCGCAACAGAACGGUAAACGUCGAGUCAUACCAGUCCACAAAGCGAAAUCGACCGCGAACAGCGAGGCAAAUAAAAAGGCGCGCGAGGCGAGGGAGCAAGCACGACGACAAAUAAUUGAAGAACGGAGACGAGCGAUGCGCUCCAACGCGCAGAAUGUCGACAAUUCCGUCGAGAUCUUUGCUCCCGAAACGUAACGAUAAAUUGAGUUCGAGUUUGACCGAGCGAUACGAUCGCUCGUCAUUGCGGCUCCUAAGGAAUAUUAGAGUAUAUAGACCGUCAGUUCGAACGCGAAAAGAAAAAGAAAGAAAGGGCUUAGCUCAUACACGAGACGGUAACAUAAUCAGCUUCGGCAAAAAGAAUCAAAUUCGCUUGUUACAUAAUUAUCCAUUCAAAAUAUUAUCUUUCGCUGCGUGCACGCGCGCGUGAAUUGCACGUGAGUUAUGCGCGGCGAGGAACAGGAAAGUAUUAAGCAGAUAAAUCAUGUAAUAUGUGUUGAAGUUGCUAAAAAUUUAAUACUACUGCAGAUAAGAAAGAGGAUAUACACACGCGUUAAUGAAGGGCAGAUGUUUACGUUUUGCAUAAAUUUCUCAUCUUUUUUUUUCUAUCGAGCUUCGACGUGUCAUCCCAAGCAUUCUAGCGCAAUAACGUGACAUAAUGAUGAUGUGUCGCUUCUUGUUCAUAAAGAUGUUUUAUAAACGAAAGGUGGAAAACAUUUACUGUAGCAUUUUAUCAAAUUGUUUUUCUACGUUACGUGUCUCUUCACGGACAUUAUUAACUUAUAUUUAUAUAAAUAGUAAUAAGUUGCGUGUGUGCGGCAGAAGUUAGAAACUGUGUAGCGACUGAAGAAGGUGUGGCCCCCGUAAGAAUCCUCUAGUGGAAAUCAGUCGCAUUUUAAAAAUCAAGAAAGAUG